GAAACAUUUCAAGUCAAGAAACUUGAGUUUUCCUUCACACCACCAUUAGUGAAUAUCAUCUCUCGAGCUAGAUGGAGAUGGUGAUGAGUCGACCGUCUUCUUCUUCUUCUUCAACUAAAAUAGAGAGAAAGGUAAUUGAGAAAAAUAGAAGACUUCAUAUGAAGACCCUCUUCUCUGACCUCAACUCCCUCCUCCCCAGUACAGCAACCUCCAAGGAGGCAUUGUCUCUGCCUGAUCAGGUAGAUGAAGCCGUGGACUAUAUAAAGAGCUUGGAGAAAAGAUUGAAGAAAUCAAGGGAAGAAAAAGAGAAAUUAUUGAGCAAGAAAAGAUCAUAUUGUGAAGCUAUUGCUGCUACUACUGCUGCACCAAGCAUGAAAUCACCUCACAUUGAAAUUAGAGAAAUGGGUUCUGCUCUAGAGAUAACUUUGAUUACUGGGUUAGGCAGUGAGUUCAUAUUCUAUGAAAUGAUUCGAUUGCUUCAUGAAGAUGGUGUGGACGUUGUCAAUGCCAAUUUCUCAGUUGUUGGAAACUCAAAUUUCCAUGUAAUACAUGCGCAGAUUGGAGAGUAUGGUUUUGAAGCAGCAAUAUUAACUGAGAGACUUUGUGCAUUCAUCAAUGGAUUCUCUAGUGAAGUGGAGUUAGAACCAGAAGAAUUAUGGGGCUUUGAAUUCCAUCCUGAGAUGUGGGAAAUCCUAAAUUGAUUAAUAAAUCAGAAAUUAUGGACCAAUGAGAGUAACCAAAUUAACUAUAAUAUUACUAUAGGCUGAUGAAUGUUUUGAUCCUUUUGUAUAUGUAAUAAUUGCAAUUUUCUAUAGCAAUGAAGUCAAAGAACUAGCUAUUUUACUUAACUAGCUUUUCUAAGCCAACAACUUGUAUUACUUAGAGUAAAAUACAACGACGAAGUUUUUUUUUUUCUU